UCAUUGGGCUAUUGAAAGCGCAUGAAUCAUUUGUCAACAAAUUAGCUCGAGAUGGCUGCAGUUUGUCAGCAAGUUUUGGCUUUAGACGCCAGAUACAACACGUAUCGUGCUCCAAAUAACCCUCAGUUUAGAACCCUAUACAUUCGGAGACGUAGUCAGCUUCUGAGAGAUACCGCAAAAGCGGGGAAUGAUCCUCAAGUGCGCAAGCAGUAUCUCAAACUUCGCUCGCAAUUCCUCAUUGAGAGAUAUGGAGCAACGCUAUCAGAUCAAAGGCCCUCUCAUAACAGCAGCGUUUGGAGUCGCAACAACAGCGGUCGGGGAAGCAAAGGAAAUCUGGAUAGCCUGGAUGAUAGCUACAUGGACCCACGAGGUUAUCUGGAUGUCAGAGGUCACAGGCGUACCCAAAGCCGAGGGUCGUUCAAGCUGGACCCUUUCCACUUAGAGAGCUACGGCGUCAUGCCAACAAAGAACGCAGAAGCCAGCAGAGCCAUGGCUGGAGGCAAGUCUAUUGGCGAGAACUACGCCUUUGCUGGCAUGCACCAUAUAUUUGAUCAGCACAGCCAGGCUGUGACGGCUGUGCAGUUUGCCAAUGAAGACAAGUCACGCAUGGCUUGCAGCUCCUUAGAUGGCACCGUGUCUAUCUGCCAAGUCUUACCCAGCCCAGCCACCGUGGUCUGUGUGCUCAAAGGUCACCAGAGUGGGGUCACAGAUUUCUGUUGGUCGCAGUCCAAUGAUCAGAUCCUCUCUGCAUCUCUUGAUGGCACGGUGCGUCUAUGGGCAGUCAGCAGUGCUAGCUGCGUACGGACUGUAGAAGACCCUGAUAAAUCAGCCAUCCGUGCCUGCAGAUUCCAACCGCUCAACAAUAACAUGAUCGUCACCGGUAACAGCAGAGGCCACGUGAACGUUCUCAACGUGUCUACAGGCAAGGAAUGCAGAGGAGGUUUGGGGAAGCUGUCUGGUCAGGUGCUGUGUCUGGAGUUUGAUGAUAAUGGAAGCGUGCUUUGGGCCGGGGAUGACAAGGGAACCAUAUUCUCCUUCCUGUUUGAUCUUGCUACCGGCAAACUCACCAAGGGCAAACGCGUCUUAGUGCGUGAGGGUUGUCCCGUCACCAAUAUCUGCUACCGUGCCUGGGUCAGUAGGGAGGCCAGGGAUCCCACAGUGCUGGUCAACUGUGCAAUGGAUUCUCUCUGCAUCUACAAGGUUGCAAGUCCAGAUGGCGGACUACGCCUAAAGAGAACGUACCCCAUCAAGCACAAGACUGCUCUCAUCAGGAGUACCUUCUGUCCUCUCAUGUCAUUCAGAGAAGGAGCUUGCGUCGUUACUGGCAGCGAAGACAUGAACGUGUACUUCUUUGACGUUGAGAGGACCAGCAACAAACCCUGUCUCAACAAGCUGCAGGGUCACUCCGCGCCCGUCUUAGCUGUCAGCUUCAACUAUGACGAGUCAUUACUUGCAUCGUGCGAUUCUGAAGGCCUUGUGAUUGUCUGGAAGAGAGAACAGCAAAAGACAAGGUAGCAGAAGACGUCUUAAAAAAGAGACAUGAA